AUGGCUCCUAAUACUACAUCAUCAACAGUGGUAGAACAAAUUCACAUAACAUCACCACCGUUAUGUUCGUCAACAAUACCUGUAAACUUCACUUUAGAAAAGAUCAAAAUUGAACAAGGUAAUGAUAUCGGUAUUCAAGGUAUUAUUUCAUGUAUCCGUACUCAAAAGAAAAUGGACAACGUUGUAAUAUACAACGAUAUUUUAUUUCGUCUUAUGGCUAAAAACAAUCAUAGUACCAAAAGGAAAGUUUCAUAUUGA